UUCCGCUGAAUGUCAUAGCCUGACACAUUUGUCAGCUACUUCCGACGUGUGAACUGUCAAAUUCCUUCUUUUUCGUUGUUUUUACGAUAGUUGUUUGGUAGAACACAACGCCACAAUAUGAAAACAAACAGAUUCGUUUCAUCUUCACGCAGGAAGAAUCGUAAGCGUCAUUUCCAAGCUCCAUCCCAUAUUCGUCGUCGUUUGAUGUCAUCUCCUCUCUCAAAGGAAUUGCGUCAAAAAUAUAACGUACGUUCAAUGCCCAUACGUAAAGAUGAUGAAGUGCAAGUAGUACGUGGUCAUUUCAAAGGCAACCAAGUUGGUAAAGUUGUACAAUCCUAUCGUAAAAAAUUUGUCGUUUAUAUCGAAAAGAUUCAACGUGAAAAUGCCAAUGGCACAAACGUUUAUGUUGGUAUACAUCCAUCCAAGUGUUUAAUUGUUAAAUUGAAAUUGGAUAAGGAUCGUAAGGCAAUUUUGGAUCGCCGUGCUAAGGGACGCUUGGCUGCUUUGGGCAAGGACAAGGGCAAAUACACAGAAGAAACUGCGGCGCAACCAAUGGAGACUGCAUAAAUGCAUAAUUAGUCUACCAUUACAAUAUACAAUUUUUAUUCUAAGUGUACAGACGGUGCGAAACACCUUUUCCUUCUGUUCUGGUAUUUUAUAAAAAAAAAUAUCAAAAUUUAUUUCUUUAAAAUAAAGAAAAAGAAUUUCUUACAAUA